CAUUUAUUUCCUUUGUGUUCGUAGUAGUGAACGGUAUAAGUUUAACUCAAUAAUGAAAAGAAUUAUUAGUAUUUUCAUUAUUAUAUUUUUCACGUUAGAAAAAACUGUUGCUUUCGAUCUUAAGCCACUUUUCAAAGGACAACUAAUAACGAAUCCCUUGAAUUUCAUUCCACAGAACAAAUGCAUUUCCGAUCUCGGCUGCUUUAAUACGGGACCUCCUUUUUUCGAUAUUCUCUAUCGUCCUAUCAGUCCGACUCCAACUACUGAAGUCAAAACAAAGUACUUAUUAUUCACACCGACCAAUGUGAACGAACCAGAAACAUUACUACCAACUGAUGAAUCAGUUAAGUCAUCUAGAUUUGAUUCCUCAUUACCAACUAAGAUUACAAUUCAUGGAUUUCUUGCAGAUUACGAUGAGAAUGAUGAGUGGCAUAAAAUAAAAGACGCACUUCUAAAGAACGGCCAAUAUAAUGUCAUUUUGCUUUACUGGAAUGAGAUCAAUGGCAGUCCAUAUCCUCAAGCAGUUGCCAACGCCCGUGUGGUAGGAGCACAAGCUGCAAAGCUAAUCAAGUUAUUAACGGACUAUCGUGGAGUCACAGGUGAUACAAUCCACAUUAUUGGUCACAGUUUAGGAGGACAAAUGGCAGGUUGGAUUGGUGAGACUCUUCACAAAUCUGGAGUGUCAGUAGGCAGGAUAACGGGACUAGAUCCCGCUGGUCCUUACUUUCGUGGCGAUGAUCCAAUCGUUCACUUAGAUCCGACUGAUGCAGACUUUAUCGAUGUAAUACACACAGAUGCUGGAGAAUAUAUUGUAGGUGUCACUGCAGGUCUUGGAAUUAGCACUCCUUCUGGUCAUUUAGACUUCUAUCCGAACGGAGGGAGCGCUCAGCCUGGAUGCUCAUAUGGAAAUGACAGUAUUUCAGCUGCUUUAGAUUUGACGCAACAGUUCUUGGUCAGUACAUGCCACCACUCACGAGCAAUCGAGUUGUUUUUGGAAUCAAUUAGCAACCAAAACUGCCGUUACUUGGCUGUCCAGUGUUCUAGCUAUGAAGAGUUUUCAAAGGGUAGUUGUACAAAAGCAAACUCAGUUGUUUCGGAAAUGGGUCUUAAUGCAAAACCCAUUCCAAACAUACCAAUAGGUUCCACGUUUUACCUAAAGACAGCAAGCAAAAUGCCAUUUUGCAUUCAAGAUGAAAUUUCAAAAUAA